UAAACGUUUAAUUAAAAUAUGAACCGUGAAGCACGUAAAGCGAAUUUGAAAAAACUACAAUUGCCAGGUUCAACAAAAAAUACUAAAAAUGCACGCGAAACACGAAGCUCAGCACCAAAAACAACAAUUUCUAAUUAUUUUGCUUCUCCAAACGUUAAAGACAAUAAGUCCAGCACUCAAGAGCUAGAGCAACUGGGAAAUACUAAUAGUCCAAUAGAAGACAUUGAUAUAGAUCAAAAUGUAUUAAAUAAAAAAGCAAACUCUGAAUUAGAAAAAAAGUCCCCUGCUCCAACAAAUUUGAAAACAGUCCGCAAUAAACGCACGAAACUUAAUACGUUUCUGUAUAGCAAAGAUUCAAUUUCAACCGAUAAUCCCGAGAAGGAAGAAUCUAAACAUUGUGAUGAUUUUGAAACAGCCAAGAAAAAAGUAAAGAAAGCACCUAAGCUAAAAGAUACAAAAAAGAACUUAAAAGUUUUGAAAAAGCAACCGAAAAUUAAAAGUGCUUUCCUGCGUAAUGAGCAAAUAUUUUCUGAGAUAACUGCUCAACAUUGUGUAGCAGAUAAUUUUAAUCCAGAUGAAGUUCAAUUAGCUUUGGCGCUAUCUAAAUCGGAGGUAGAAAAUGUUGUCAAUUAUAAUGACGAUGUCAUUGUGGAUUUAAUAUCAGACGAUGCAACAAACUCAAAAAAUGUGAAUAGCAACGAAAAUAUUAGAACUCGGCUUCAAAAGUAUGGCUUCCGUACAGCAGCACGAGAAGAUUAUAGUAAAAUAGCAGCGGCUUUGGUGCCAGGUGCUUACAGGCGAUCGAAGUCUAAAUGGGCUAACAAAUUUACAGCGUUAACACUGCGUAAUGUAGAAAUUCAACAAAAAAAACUUGAUGAUAAAAUUAAUGCAUUUUUAAAACGGCAAGUUAAGCCUAAACCGUUGUGCCACGAGGACGCAUUUACAAAAGAAUAUGAUGUAGUCAGCAAUAACCUAAGAAAACUGCAAGUGUCCACUGAUAACAGAGUUGUACAAAGAGAAGACAGUUCUGUUCAUGUGCAGCUAGAAAAUUAUUUUGUUAAAGAAUUGUUUAAUGUAUCUUAUUUAAAUGCUGGCCAUUUGCUUAAAGAUUGGAAUGCGAUACAAGGCCGUGACAUGACACCCCGUGCUAAAAACUGUCAAAGUAAAAUUAUUGAAAAGGCUUUAUAUAAAGCUUAUAUUGAGUUAGAAAAUUUUUUAAAACAAUUGGACCAAACGGAACUAAAGACGAAAAAAAGCGAAGAUAUAGAUGAAGCUGCAAGCAUACCGAAUGAUAUUAAAGAAGUUGAAAGUCCAGCUGAAAUGAAUAUUAACGAAGAAAAUUUCAAAUUAAUUAAAAUUGGGAUACAAAAUUUGCAAACUUUAACUUGUAAAAGUAAGUCACUGGAUAAUUUAUCCAGUUUAGAACAUUUGUCAAGUUCUGUCCAUACUACAAUAGACUUGUGUAACAGUGGCGAUGAAAUGGAAACAAAUAGUGAUGCUAAAACUGUUGUAGAGAACAUAAACAAAUCAACUCAAUUGUCCAUCAUUUUAGAAACACCAGUCAAUAAUAUUUUAAUUUCAAAUAACCCACAAGUAAACCAAAUUUGUGAUAAGAAGUUAAUUGAAGAAAUAUGCUCGCCCAUUCAUUUAGGAAUACCCGAUAAUGACAAGUUAGAUACAAAUUUUUCAUUCACAACAGAAACUAGUACAAGUCCAAUUAAAGAGCCACCACUUAAAAAGUUAAAACAGAUUCAGAACAUAAUAUCCCCACCAAAAAAGAAAUCAACUAGUGAACAAACCAGCAAGCCAUCGGAUAAAAUCUCAAAUACUCAACUUUGUAGAGAAAAAUCUCCCGAUUUAUUUGCGGACUCAGAUGAUGAUUUCGGUCAAGAGAAUAUGUGUGAUGUGGAUGUUGAAAAUAACUCAAAGGAAUCUAGUCAUGGUAUAACAGUUUAUGAGAUUUUCUCCAGUGAUGAAGUGAAGACUACAGAUAUUAAAACAAAUGAAAGCUUUUCAGAAGCGCCAAUGAUUGAUUUAACUGCAAACGCUGAUGAUAUUUCUGCAAUUUCUGCAAAUAAUGUUUCUCCCUUACAUUCACCAUUAGCGUAUCACAAUAAUUUGACUACAUUGAAUUUUUCGCUCCGAGAUUCUAUACUGAUUGACAGUGGGAAAAUUAAAGAAACUAAUAAAAAUAUUUAUAACAAAAAAUCUCUAACUGACAACUUUGUUGGGCAAACAUAUAAAUCUAAUCUCGAUAAAUCUGAAGUAUACGAUGUUAAUGAAGUUGUAUUUAAUGACUUAGUUAAGAAAUAUUUAAAACCGGAAGGCAACCAAUUAAAGAAGAGACAGUCAGUUUCAUUGACGCAAUUACCAACCGUCAACAAAUAUUUCCAUUUAAAUGAAAUUGCAACAAAUGAAAACAUCAGUAGAGAAAAGCAUUACGAUGAACCAGGUAAACCAAUGCAAAGUAUGAAAACCGAACCUUCUAGUUUUAAAAAGUCACUAUCAUUUACAAUGAAUCCAAUUGAUGAUAUGUGCAUUGAUUUAACGCAAAAUAGCGACGAAGAUGAUGGCGAUGGUAAAAGCAUUGAUAAUAAGUCUGCUAGUCAAGAAGUAGAAGAUGAUGAAAAUGAAUGUUUGAUAUUAUCCGAUGAUGAAAUCAAUUACUCCAUUUGGCAAGCGGAUCGUACAAAGAACUUUAUAAAUGAUGACUUCGCUCCAUUAGAAACAGAAGACUUCAGUUUAAAUAGUAGUUCUGAUCAUGAUAUAAAUCAGAAUACCAACCAAAAUAAGCACCAAAAUGAAAUUUCCGAAGAACACAAUCAACAUGAAUUUUCUAUAUUAGAUUUAGUCAGUGAUGAAAGUUCUGAUAAGAAAUGUAAGGAGAAUUCGAUGUUUGAGUGCGAAACUGAACCAAUACUAGAACAGUUUCUUAAAACUACACUUCCCACAGAAACUAUGAAUUUAAAUGACAUAUCAAGGGAACGUGCUGAAUUUGGUAUAAUGGAUAGCUACUCUGAGCCAUUUACACAAUCGCCAUUACAAACACCAACCAAAGCUACCUUUGACACAAAACAACUGUUGACAGAUGCUUCAUUUUUACAAUCGCCUGGUGAAAAUAUGGUUGCCAUUAAACGUUACAGUAGCAUAGGAACGAAUAAAUUUGACGAUCUCUUAAAGAAGGUGCGAGAAGAUAAAAGUGAUACGGAUGAAUUCGAUGAGUUCGACAAACUAGUAUAUGCUACUCCAAAGAAAAUUGAUUCUUCUAUUAUUGAACCCAGCGGCAUGAAUAAGUUACUUACGGCAAAAUUAAAUUUCUCUAUAGAAACAGAGAGAGAUGAAGUAAAUAUUAAUAAUUUAGAGGAAAAUAUAACUCAGGAAGUACACGUUAACUCUAGAGCAUAUAGCGUUCGCUUAACAGCUGCACCUAAACCUGAUUUUCUACAACUAACUGAAGCAGAACUAUUAAAACUACUUUAUGGCUUUGGUAUCAAACCAUUGAAGCGUAAGCAAGCUAUUAAAAUGUUGGAAUACAUUUAUAAUCAAACUCAUCCUUUAAUUAUGGAUGAAGUUUCAGAACUUUUAGAAACUAAUACUUCUAACACCUCCAAUGAAUAUAAUAUGCUUGCAAACAAUUAUUCUGCAAGUGCAGUCGCUUCUACACAAAAUAUUUUGGAGGGGAACAAGGAGGAACUGUUAACUCAAAUUGCAGCAAAUAACAAAAUAACACUACAAGAUUCUUCUGGUAGCAAUUUCUUACGCUUUGCACAUAAAUUAUUCCCUGAAUUGGAAGAUGAAGUAUUUAUUUUACAAACAAAUGUUACAAAAAAAACACAACAACCGUUAUUACCAUUUCAUAUAGCCUGGUUCAAUCUGGUUUGCGCUAAUCCGUCUCUGCAUGAAGCAAUACUAAUGUUCCAACCAAUCGACUUACAAGAUGUAUAUUUAUUUCUAAAAAAUUUGGGGUAUCGUUACGAUCCAAAGGAUCUAAAAAUAUUUUUUGACAGACGUUGUAUAAUAUUUCGAUACGAUUUGACUGCAGCUGCAGGAAAGCCAUCAAGUGGAAGUAAUCGUCAUGUCCGUAAACCUAAGAGCAAAAAUAAAUAUAACUCAAAACCAUAAUUCUUAAUAUAUUUUAUUAUACAAAUUUUUUUUUAUAUAAAUAAAAAUAGAAGAUUUAUUAGGCUUUUUUACAACGGGUUCAGUUUUUCUAUUU